AUGUCAGGCUUCCUUGUUGUAAAUGAUGCGCCCAAGCUUGGGUUGGGCCUUGCAGCGCUUGGAAGGCCUGGGUAUAUCAAUCUGGACCGCAGCAGCGACCUGGAAGCUGCAGAAACCCGAACACCAGAGGCCCUUCGGACACGAGCGUGGGAGGUUCUCGAUGCUGCUUGGGCACUGGGCCUAAGAUACUUCGACUGCGCGCGCAGCUACGGUCGAAGUGAGGAGUUUCUGUCGGGCUGGCUGAAGGAGAAGCAGCUUCGAAAGGAGGAUGUAGCUGUGGGUUCGAAAUGGGGCUACAGAUACACAGCAGCCUGGAGGGUGGACACCGGUGGCGAACCUCAUGAGGUUAAAGACCACUCGCUGUCUCAUCUACUCCACCAAGAGCAGGAGACCCAAGAGCUUCUAGGUCAACAUCUGCGGCUUUACCAAAUCCAUUCUGCAACGCUGGAAAGCGGUGUGCUAGAGAAUGCAGAAGUCUUAGACCAACUGCGAGAGUUUCGCACGGCCAGAGGUUGGCGAGUAGGUUUAAGCUUGUCUGGUGUCGGUCAAGGAGACACUUUAGACAGGGCUUUAGCCACAGGAGUCUUUGACUCUGUCCAGGCCACGUGGAACCUCCUGGAGCAGUCCUGUGGGUCGGCCCUUGAGCGUGCGCACGAGGCUGGCUUGGAGGUAAUCAUCAAGGAGGGUAUGGCAAACGGCCGCAUUCUCCAACACCCAGCCUUGCUGAGGGCUGCCAAGGAGAUGGAUGUCUCCCCCGAUGCAUUGGCGCUGGGAGCCAUCAUGGCCCAGCCUUUCAAACCUAUGGUGCUCUCGGGAGCCGUUUCGGUCGGCCAGCUAGAGAGCAAUUUUCAGGCCGUCGCAGUUUGCGAGCGCCUUCUCAAAGAUCAUAUGCCGACGCUACAGUCGCUUCUGGCCGAGAUGAAGAUGCAGCCGUCCGCGUAUUGGCAGGAACGAUCAGCCCUCUCUUGGAACUGA